GCACGGAACUGAGUCAACGCAUUUUCCAGAUUCAAGAAGGGUAGGGCGCAGGGCGGCUGGCCCCCGCAAGAAGAGAGAUACAAGUCAGCUACUUCCCUAGCUGAACCGAUCGGCUACUGCAAUCAAUUGAUGUCUUCAGAUGAGAUUUAAGAUUUUACCGUGCAUUUAGUUGCUUUGACGCUAAUUCGCCGUCGGUCAUCCAAAGAUUACAACCCGACAAAAUGACAGAGUCUGCGGUGGCCGACACUCGCCGGUUGAAUUCCAAGCCCCAGGACCUGACGGAUGCUUACGGCCCCCCAAGCAAUUUUCUGGAAAUAGACGUUUAUGAUCCACAAAUCGUUGGAGUUGGACGGAACCGUUACACAACUUACGAAGUUCGCAUGCGGACAAACCUUCCCAUUUUCAAACUGAAGGAUUCCUGUGUGAGAAGAAGAUACAGUGACUUUGAGUGGUUAAAGAAUGAGCUGGAAAGAGACAGUAAGAUUGUAGUACCACCUCUGCCGGGCAAAGCCCUGAAGAGACAGUUGCCAUUCCGCGGAGAUGAGGGCCUUUUCGAGGAGUCCUUUAUUGAAGAGCGGCGAUCGGGCCUGGAGCAGUUCAUCAACAGAAUUGCAGGUCACCCCUUGGCCCAGAAUGAGCGCUGUCUUCACAUGUUUCUGCAAGAGGAAAGCAUUGACCGUAACUACAUUCCUGGAAAAACAAUACAGACUGCUGCACCUGCCCCGUGUACAUUUAUUUCUACAUCACGUCAUUAUAAAGCUGGUGGAAAUGUCAGAACUGAUAAGUAUCAACGGUGUAGGAAAAACACAACUAUUGCUCCUGGAUAAAGUUAAGAGAUCCAAUGUAUAAAACCUUUGAUGUUGUGUCUUCAUUCAGUCAUUCCACAUACUAUAUGUGCAUUAUUUUUGAUUCAGUAAUCAGUGAAAAAGAAAACAUGUUCCAUAUAUCCUUUUGUCAUUUUACCAUAGCUAGAUUUUUUUUUACAAUGAUGGUUAUGUUUUCUGAAUGUCUUUUUAAUUGAUUUGAUCAAGUUUAAAAAGGGGGUAAUUUCUUGCUUUGAUUCAUGUUUUCUUUUGCUGGCAGAGAUGUGAUUUUGAUGAUAACCGCCCAAAAUCAAGCAACAUGUAGCAUCAUGAAAAAGACAGAAACAUGUCAUUCCAGUCAGUAUAUUUUCCCCUGAGUUUUAUGUUCUGUACAUGCUCUUAGUCAGGCUUGUUUCUCAAUUACUUGUUUUAACUCUGCUGUUUUAGUUACAUCAUCAUGCCUACAUUUGGGCUGUGUGUUGUCAAAUCAGCUAUUGGGAAUGUUAAGUUAGGUAAAAUAACCAUAUCUAAGCACUGUGACAAGAGGUUCAUUAUAUGAACAAUAUUCAUUGUUUAAAGGCGUAAUCAGCAUCUGGUUUAUUGAUCUAAAAUGAGGAUUAUUCUGCGCUUAUUUUCAGCUGUUUUAUUCUUUCUAUCAAUAUUAUUGUGAAGUGUAUUAAUACAUGUUAUCAUUGCAGUUCCACUAUGGGUGACGAGGAACUUCCUUGUUACUCCUGUCCUCCAAUUAAAUUUCCUGCUGCCUGCUGUG